AUGGCUAACGACGAAUAUGAUUUCCUUUUCAAAGUGGUUCUUAUCGGAGAUUCCGGUGUCGGGAAAUCCAACCUGUUAAGCCGAUUCACCCGGAAUGAAUUCAACCUCGAUUCGAAGUCCACUAUCGGUGUCGAGUUCGCAACCCGCUCUAUUCAGGUAGACGGCAAGACGAUCAAAGCUCAGAUUUGGGAUACUGCAGGCCAGGAGCGGUACAGGGCUAUUACGUCCGCAUAUUACCGUGGCGCAGUGGGUGCCCUUCUUGUAUACGAUACGACUAAAGAACAGACUUUCGCAAACUGCGAGCGAUGGUUGAAGGAGUUACGGGAACAUGCCGACAAGAACAUUGUCAUCAUGCUCGUCGGAAAUAAGAUCGAUCAAAAACAUGUCCGGGCUAUUAAAACUGAUCAAGGCGCGGAAUUUGCCGAGGCAAGGAAGUUGUCCUUCAUCGAAACGUCCGCCCUUGACGCCACGAAUGUUGAGCUCGCAUUUCAAAAUAUUCUUACAGAAAUCUACCGCAUCGUUUCCAGCAAGGCCCUCGAGAAUGGUAACUCAGGACAGAACCCUCUCGGUGACCGCAAGGUGGUAGAGAUCACGAAGUCGCAGGAUGCAGAUGCGAAGCAGAAGUGCUGCUAA